AUGGAAAAGAAGCGGAAGAGGAAGCAGCAAGUGGAGCGCGCCAAAGAGCCAACGCCCAAACCGGUUCGUGUUGAUCCAACUCGAAUCGGCAAUGUGAAAGAUCCAUUCCCAUUUCACUUUCGACCCACCCCAGAAGAAUGCGAAGCCGUACGAGACACUCUCUUAGCCCUACACGGCAUUCCCCCGGAACUCGCCAAGUACCGCAAACUCCAACCACUCGAUGAGACGGUCCAACCGGAGCCACCCGAGCCCGUUCUCGACGGUUUGGUCCGAACUGUCCUCUCGCAGAACACUACUGACGCCAAUUCCCAAAAGGCCUUUGCUUCUCUCAAAUCCUCCUUCCCCACUUGGGAACAUGUUUUCGGUGCUGAGUCCAAGGACGUGGAGAAUGCCAUUCGAUGCGGAGGUCUUGCCCCGACUAAGGCUUCCUGUAUUAAGAACGUGCUGCGUUGUUUGCGCGAGAGAAGAGGCCAAUUGUGUAUGGAGUAUUUGCGAGAUUUGUCCGUCGAUGAAGUUAAGGCUGAGCUGUCCCUUUUCAAAGGAAUUGGUCCCAAAACAGUGGCUUGUGUGUUGAUGUUCAAUCUUCAGCAAGAUGAUUUUCCUGUUGACACUCAUAUAUUUGAGAUUGCAAAAACCAUGGGUUGGGUACCAGCUGUGGCAGACAGAAAUAAAUCGUAUCUUCAUCUAAACCAAAGAAUUCCAAAUGAACUUAAGUUUGACCUGAAUUGCCUUAUGUUUACGCACGGAAAGCUUUGCCGCAAAUGCUCCAGUAAAAAGGGUAAUCAGCAACGAAAGAAAUGUGACGAUAACUCCUGCCCUUUGUUGAAUUAUUGUAAAGAGUCAGAUUGA